AUGAUGGCCUACAAAAGCGUGCAUAUUUCCGAGCUGUGCCGGCUGUGCGCUUGCAGCAAGAGUCCGCUGGUCGGCAUUUAUUCGGAGGAAGGCCGCAAAAAGCGAAUCAACGCCAAGAUAACGGAUUCGUUGCACAUUACAGUACACGAGACCGACCGUCUGCCAAAGUCCGUGUGCACGGAAUGCCUGAAGCAGUUGGAGAUGCACGACAAGUUCCGCGAAACAGCAGUGGAAGCGCAAGGCAUGCUGGAGAGCUGUCUCAAACCCGCCAGCAUGGAGAAGAGCGGUAUGGUGUAUAUUCGGCAAGCGAGCGAUCAGCCGGCUCAGGCGGCCACAGGACGAACGCAGACUGCACCAUCCGGCACUACAACUAGAGUUGUCCAAACGAAACAGACCACAACACAGCAGGGCCAACAACAGCAGCAGCAGCGGCAACAACAAAAACCGCCCCAACGGUCACAGCUACCGGUCAGUACCGCAUCGAUGGUGAUAACCAGCAGUCCAAAGAAUAUCGUUCACACGGUGAACGGGACGACGAAUAGCACGGGCACGAUGUCCCUGACGGCCGUACCAACCACAAUACGGACGUCGAACGGGGAUCAGCUUAGUACGAUCAUUCAGGCGGUUGGCAUCAAACCUGAAAACGAUUCGAACCGCACGAUCGUAGUAGGGCAGCCACAGCAGCAGCAGCAGCAGCAAACGCAACACGCUGCCAACCAAUCACAGAUAUUGACGAUCCAAAAUUUGCAGUCAGCGACGCAGCCGUUCGCGAAAACGUUCGAUGGGCAGAUGACGAUAAGGGCGAACAACACGCUGUACAAGCUGGAGAACGGAACGCUCAUACCGAUCACGUCGAAGGCCCCCGAGGUGCAAACGCAGACGACGUUAACACAGGUAGACGAGUUUUUAAAACCCAAAGUGAGCCCGACGAAGCUGCUAAAACGCGCACAGCCUCAAAGCUUGACGGUCGAGCCCGUUCCGGUAAAGAAAAAGCGAAUCAUUCAAAUCGUAAAAAAUCCGCCAGUAACCCAAACGUCAGUACCAAAGACCACCACGACUGUUGGUAACAUCACGAUAGAGAGUCCCUCUGUUGGGACACUUCCUGUGGCAACACCCGCUUCGUCCGGUACGAUCGUGUGCACGACGGGUCCCGGGACUAUUUACACGACCACCCCGAUCAGUGUGCCACAGAAGACAUUCGUGCGACCGAAUGAGGUAAAGGUCGUGUCCGCCGGAAACAAAUGCCUGCUGCCGAUUGUAGUGAAAAGCGAAAAUGCAUCGGUGGAAACCACCGGGACUAGUACCGUCCCUAGCGUGACGAUGUCGACACCCGCCAUUACCGGCAACGUGCCUCAGAAUUCGGUGCAAGUUUUGCACGUCAAGGUCGGACCGGAUGGUGUGAUGCGGUUCGCACCGGUGCAGCAUCCUCCGCUUGCGAUGCAACAAUCGACGAUGCCACAGUACAGCAUGGGCACGGUCACUACCAACGGCCAGCAGGUUGCCUCUCUGCCGCCUAUGGCCAUUUUGGGACAAACGCAACCGAUGGUACAAGGCCAGAUAAGUGCCGGUAACUACGUCACGCUAGUCGGGAAAACAUCAUCCCAAACGCAAACCGUUGGUGAUGCUAAUGGGCAACAGAUGGGUGUCCUGAUAGCGACAUCACAGGCUGCUCAAUCAUCGCAGCAACCUGUUCCACAGCAGCAACAGCAACAACACCAGCCACAGCAGCAGAUACAAAUACAUCAAACACAAAUCGUAAAAAAAUCACAGCCUACUCCACCAUUGCCAACAGUGCAACAGCGCACCGUAACGGUCUCUGGGGCUGGACCGGUGCAAAAAACCAACCCACGAAGCAUUCCAACGGUUCGCAAAGCUGCUCCAACGCAGCCGACGAAUACGCUACCUAAGCUUGUACACGUUACCACUGGUUCGAAAACGACCACCGUCGCAAAUAGGCCUGUGAGUAAUUUGAAGAGCACCAGUACUACGGCCAGUACUGUCGUUCGGCCUUCCGUGACCGCUGGUCGUACUGGACAACAGACAACGACCGUGACGGCGACUGUUAGCAAUGGUUCCGCGCACAAUAGUUCCGCAGAAUCGGCAGAUUUCGACGAAAGUGGACCAGAGAGCGGUGAAUCGGACCCCAGCCGAAGCGUACAAUCAAUGAUGGCUUCCCAGCAGAUGAGUGCGAUUUCGGCCAUGUCCUGUAAGCAGGAACCGAUGGGGUCGGAUCAGCUGGCAAGCGGAGGUACUGGCGGCGAAAACGCGGGCACGGGUGUUCGAAGAGAUCCAGCCAGUGUCAGCUUCACAACAUGUGCCGUCUGUCAGAAGCAGUUCGGGCGGAAGGAACAUCUGGUGCAGCAUUUGAAAUCACACCUCGGGUUGCGGCCUUUCAAGUGCGAGGAUCCCACAUGCAAUAAAAGCUUCAACCGGAAGGAGCAUCUGUUGCGGCACCGGGUUUCACAUACCGGACAGAAACGGUUCCGCUGUGACAAGUGCGAUAAGCUGUUCUCGCGCAAAGACAAUCUCAACAAGCACAGAAAAACGCAUCAAGAACAGCCUGGAGCAACGCAGUCAAUGAAGCAUAAAUUGACGCAUGACAGCAGCGGAGAGGAUCAGGCAGCGCCAAAGCCACCAUUGAAAAAGGAAUUGGUCGUUAAAGCGGAAACAAAACCAGCUGUAAACAGCGGUAUCACCUAUGUGGAAUCGCCGGUUAUAUCGAAAUCAUCCACACAACCACCACCCCUUGCUCAGACGCCUGUUUCGAGUGUGGUGACAUCUGACCCGGCGACAUCGGUGGUGCAGUCCUUGCCGCUUACCAUCACACACGUUCCGACUAGCAGUGCUACCAUCCAGCUGCCGACUAUCUGCGCCAACCAACAGCAGGUGCAUCAGCUGAUCCAGCAGCAACAACCCCAGAAUGGUACGACGCAGCAGCAAAUUAUCGCCAUCCCGGCGCACAUUUCGACUGCCAACGGUAAACAGAUCAUUCAGCAUCUGCAAAUAACGCUACCGCACCACGUCACUGGUCAGACGGUAUCGACGUCCACGUCGUCGGCGGCCACCUCCGGUAGUGUGCAAAAUUCCGUAUUUGCCAUGCCGCCGAACUUUAUCUUCGACACUUCGCAGCUCAUGACGACCAACCGUCAGACGUAA